UCCAUUUCCAUUUCCUUUUGCAUGCAAUCUUCCUCAUUUUAAUCAUCAAGUCAGCACCUUGAGACUGCAGGGAGAAAAUGGAAAAAAAUGAUUACCUUCCACUCUUUGAAACAAAGCCAGUUAGGGGACGGAUCCUUUUCAGGUUGUUUGCAGCUUCAAUCUUGGUGGGUAUCUGCUUCAUUUGUGUCUAUAGGAUAAGGUUUUUCCCAGUGGGAGGAAAAGUUGAGAAAUGGAGUUGGAUUGGAUUGUUUCUUUCUGAGCUUUGGUUCAGUUUUUAUUGGUUCCUCACCAUAGUUUGUCGAUGGAACUCUGUCUACCGUUUUCCUUACAAAAACAGGCUCUCUCAAAGGUUUGAGAAAGAAUUACCAGGCAUAGACAUAUUUGUAUGCACAGCGGAUCCAUUAAUCGAACCACCAAGCAUGGUGAUCAACACAGUGUUAUCAGUGAUGGCAUAUGAUUAUCCACCUGAGAAAUUAAGCAUAUAUUUAUCAGACGACGGAGGGUCAGAUUUAACGUUCUAUGCCAUGUUAGAGGCUGCGACUUUCUCAAAGAAAUGGCUGCCCUUUUGCAAGGAGUUCAAAGUAGAACCAAGAGCACCCGAGGCUUACUUUAGGACAGCUUUUGAACCAGAUGACGAUCCUGUCAAGGUCAAAGAGUGGCUUUCAGUGAAGAAACUAUAUGAGGAGAUGAAAAUGAGGAUUGAAAGCGCCACAAAGUUGAACCGAACUCCAGAAGACAUUUGUAAACAACACAAAGGAUUUCGUGAAUGGGACUUUGUUUCUAGCAAACGUGAUCAUCAAACCAUUCAUCAAAUCCUAAUUGAUGGAAGAAAUGCUGAUGCCAUCGACGUCAAGGGAAAAACUUUGCCUACUCUUGUAUAUUUGGCAAGAGAAAAGAGACCUCGGUACCACCAUAAUUUCAAAGCAGGAGCCAUGAAUGCACUGAUAAGGGUGUCUUCGAGGAUAAGCAACGCGCCAAUUAUCCUUAAUGUGGAUUGCGACAUGUAUUCAAACAAUUCAAAGGCUAUCAAAGAUGCUAUGUACUUUUUUAUGGAUGAAGAGAAGGGACAUGAAAUUGGUUUUGUUCAGAAUCCACAGAGCUUUCACAACCUUUCUAAGAAUGAUCUCUAUGGUAGUUCCCUAAGAGUUAUAGUGGAGGUUGAGCUUCCAGGAUUUGAUGCAAAUGGAGGGCCUUGCUAUAUUGGUACUGGAUGCUUUCACAGAAGAGAGAGUCUUUGCGGAAAGAAGUAUAGCAAAGAAUUUAAAGGAGAAUGGAGGAGAGUGAACAAAAAGGUUGAAGAAAGUGCAAGUGUCUUGGAAGAAAGAUGCAAAGUCCUUGCAAGCUGCACAUAUGAACAGAAUACAGAUUGGGGAAAUGAGAUGGGGUUGAAAUAUGGCUGUGCAUUAGAAGAUAUAAUCACAGGAUUAGCCAUACAUUGCAGAGGUUGGCGAUCCAUCUACUUUAAUCCCAUAAGGAAGGCAUUUCUAGGAGUUGCUCCGACGACACUGUUACAAUACCUAAUACAGCAUAAGAGGUGGGCUGAAGGUGGCUUGCAGAUUUUUCUCUCAAAAUAUUUUCCUCUUAUUUAUGGACAUAAAAGGAUCCCUCUAAAACUCCAGCUUUCAUACUGUCCCUACUUGCUGUGGGCUGUAAACUGCUUGGCUACACUAUUCUAUGCUACAGUGCCAUCCCUUUGCCUACUUAAAGACAUCCCUCUGUUUCCGAAGAUGUCAUGCCCUUGGGUCCUAUCAUUUGCAUAUGUCAUGAUAGCCAACCGUGCAUACAGCCUGGGAGAAUUUAUAUGGUGUGGAGGCACAAUACAAGGUUGGUUGAAUGAUCAAAGGAUGUGGAUAUUCAAAGGAACAACUUCCUACUUCUUCGCUUUCUUGGACACUGUUAUGAAGCUGUUUGGAUUUUCAGAGACAGCCUUUGUCAUCACUGAAAAGGUGGCUGAUGAGCAGAUAUCUCAGAGAUAUGAGCAAGAAGUCAUGGAGUUUGGCACGCCAUCAAUAAUGUUCACGAUUUUAGCAACACUUGCACUGCUCAACCUCUUCAGUUGCAUUGGGGGAAUAAAGAAGGUUGUGGAUGAUGUUCAAACAAAGGCUUUGGACCAGUUUGGGUUACAAAUACUUCUUAGCAGUCUUUUGGUCUUCUUAAACUUACCUAUGUACCAAGGGCUCUUCUUUCGGAAGGACAGUGGUAAAAUGCCUCCCUCUGUCACAUACCUGUCAAUUAUUUAUGCUCUCUUAACCUGCACAGCAGCCAUGUACUAAGUUACUGUUAUCUCACUUACUAAACAAGCUGUCUUCUUAUAAAUAUGUAGGCAAGUUUAAAAUGACCAAAAGAUUUUAUUUAUGCAAUUGUCAAAUUUGUUGUAGUGUUCAAAUUUUGGUAAUCUCAAGUAUCAAAAAGAAAGAAAUUUGAAAUUGAAAAAAAAAAAAAU